UUAAAACACAUUCUGAAAAGUGUCGGAAAGUUGCUUCCACACUUCAGCACAGGGUCCAAACAGAACUGCUCCGAAUAAAAUAAGAUACUUGCGGAUUAGUUGGGGACUUUCCUGCCUGCUUUUUGUCCUGGACUCAGAAGUCUGACCUGCGCGACCAUUUUUAAAGCUCUACCUUGCUCUCAUUGUAAAUAGACUCAACAGCACCAUGUCGCAACAUUUCAGGAGUGGACCAGCGUUCGGACUUUCUGCCGAGGUCAAGAGUAAGUUGGCAGGGAAGUAUGACCCUCAAAUGGAGGAGGGGCUCAGGCUAUGGAUUGAGGAUGUCACUAGCAAGAAGAUUGGAGAACACUUCAUGGAGAGUCUGAAAGAUGGAGUCUUGCUCUGCGAACUCAUUAACGUUCUCCAGCCAGGCUCUGUGAGAAAGAUCAACCGCUCCAGUCAAAACUGGCACCAGUUGGAAAACAUUGGCAAUUUUGUCCGUGCAAUCACCGAGUACGGCCUGAAACCUCACGACAAUUUUGAGGCCAACGACUUGUUUGAGAACGUCAACCAUACCCAGGUCCAGUCCACUCUCAUCGCUCUGGCGGGGAUGGCCAAGUCAAAAGGGUUCCACUCCAAAUAUGACAUUGGGGUCAAGUAUGCUGAGAAGCAGCAGCGUCGCUUUGCUCCAGAGAAGCUCAGGGAGGGACGCAACAUCAUCGGCUUGCAGAUGGGCACCAAUAAGCUUGCCAGUCAAAAAGGUAUGACGUCUUACGGCACAAGACGCCAUCUUUUCGACUCCAGGAUGGGCAUGGACAACCCCAUGGACCAGUCCACCAUCAGUCUACAGAUGGGUACUAACAAAGGAGCCAACCAGUCUGGCAUGACAGCACCAGGAACCAGGAGGCACAUCUUUGACAAGAAGCUGGAGCUGGAGAACUGUGACACCACCACUAUAUCACUGCAGAUGGGCACCAACAAAGUGGCCUCCCAGCAGGGCAUGACCACCUACGGCCUCCCCCGCCAGGUCUACGACAACAAGUACUGCGCCACCCCCGACGAGACUUACUACAAUAACGGGAGCGAGGCUGUGUUUGAUGGCUGCAACCAGUACUCUGAUUAAGACGACCACAAGCGGCCUCAAAAGCCUUCCAACCUUCCUUUGCUAAACUUUAGACAAGUGACCAGGACUUUGUGAUGAGCAACCCCUCCCCCCCCCCCACCAGACUGUUAUUUAAACACCGAUUUGACGUCAUUGUUGCCUCUUUUUCUUAACAUUUUUACUCUUGGGAAAUGUUUUUCUUUCCAUGAGCAUAACAAUAGUGUUUACUUUACGUCCUAACUUUUAUAUUGUGGCCCACUUCUAUAUUUCCCUCCCUCCCAAACAUAUUUAAUCACUACUAGAGUGGCCCAGAAACUCAAGAGGUUGAUAUUAAAUAUCAUUGCUAUUUAUAGAUCAUUUUUUAAUCACGUUAUAUUCCUGUGUUGUAAUCAGACAGCCACACAAGUUUCUGUCAUGUUGGUGCUACUGACCUUUUUUUUUUUGGAGUCACAUUGAUACUUCCAGAGGAAUUUCCUCCUUCUGGCCAUGACUGACAGUAAUGGAGGAUGCAGGACAAAUAGAUUUACAGUAUUCAGACAUUGUCAUGUGAGCACCUACAUUGAUUUAGAUAAGUCAUCCACCGCUAAAAUUACCCAUGAUUCCUGGCACAUGCUAUUGCAGUUGUGGUUUGUGUGGAAUGUACUUCAAACUUUGCCUGUUGAGUAUAAUGACAACUACAGAGAGGGUCAAGAAAUUCUAAAAACCAAUUUGACAGCGCUCAAAAUUAGAAUAUGGAUACCUAAUUGCCUGUGAACUUGUUCCAGCUUGAUGCUGUUGCUCCUUUUUUUUUUUUUUUAAGAUGCCGUUUCGUAUUGCUGUACCUCACCAAAUGUCUUGAAUGUAAUGUUGCUAUUAGUGCCACAAGCUGCUGCCCGAUACUUUUAUUUUAAGAGAGCAGGAAUAUGUGCACAAUCUGUGGGCACAAGUCGAAGUACAUAUUUCAGAUGGAGUUCGACUGUCUGGUUCAUAUUGUUGAGAUUUACAGUCACAGUGCGGUUCAUAUUGUUGAGAUUUACAGUCACAGUGCUAAAAUUAGGAAGCCUUGCAGCUUGGAGUAGAGCGCCAUCUAGUGUUUUAAAAGCAUGUGAGCAAAGUCGGUCAAAUCUUUUAGCAUUCCUUUUUAAUUGAAUAAAACAGAUUUUAGCAAGAUAAGCAUUUUUACAGUGCAUUUACUGACCUGUGUCAUCAAAAAUAUGUAAAAACGUUGUCAGUGGUCAAAUUUCACCUUUUAAGAGCAGACUGU